AUGGCAGGUCUCCGUCCCUUUAGGUUCCUCGUGGAACGACCCCCCACCGCUGUCUCGGAAAUGCUCCAGCGAGCCAACCACUAUGUCGCGGCGGAAGCCUGGAUGUCCGGGAGACACGAGGAGCAUAAAAGGCCCUGGGCGGAACCACCAAUAGGGCAACUACCCGGUCCGCCGAGACGCAGACCGGACCGGUACAACCCGUCCGUGCUGAGGUCGCCCUCCCCCGCUUUGGGAACAUCCCGAACGCAGAUAUUCCUCCAGACAAAGGGGAAGGGGCUGCUCCAAACCCCCGUCUCGAUGAGGAACCCACGGGAGCUCGCGGACAAAACACGAUAUUGCCGCUUCCAUCGACAAAACGGGCAUGGCACGGAAGAGUGUCGCGAGCUGAAGCGACAGAUCGAGGAGCUGAUUCGAAGGGGGCACCUCAGCCACUACCUACGGCAGAAUAAAGAGCUUUCCCCGCGGCCCGAGGGCCCCGUUGAAAGGCAGAUUGACGUAAUCACGGGCGGCCCAGCGUCUGGGGGAAACAGUAUGACUGGGCAGAAAGCAUGCGCCCGCGCCCCUACAGCCGAGGACCCUAGGCAUGGGCCCGCGCCCGAGGUCACAUUUCCAGCUGAGAGAGCCGAACCGCCCGAACACGAUGACGCGUUGGUAGUGGCUGCCAGAAUUGCCAAUGCCCAAGUGAAAAGGAUCAUGGUCGACACUGGGAGCUCGGCCGACAUCCUCUAUUUUGACGCAUUCCAAAAGCUCGAGCUCUCCCGCGACGCCCUGGGGCCUAUGAGCUCGACGCUCACCGGGUUCACCGGCGAAUCAAUUUCACCGUUGGGCGCGAUCGUCUUGCCCUUAACCCUCGGGGAAGCACCGAGGACGAAGACGGUGAUGACAACUUUUCUGGUAGUCGACCUUCCUACCGCAUACAAUGCGAUUCUGGGGUGCCCCACCCUCAACAAGCUCAGAGCGCUUAUCUCCACCUACCACCGGAUCGUGAAGUUCUCGACCCGUGCGGGGGUUGGAGAAGCCAAGGGAAGCCCCCGCGAGUCAAGGCGGUGCUAUUUGAUCGCGAUCUCCCUGCACAAGAAGAGGAGGGCUUAG